AAAGCUCGUUUUCGUCUUCUUGAGUAUUUUCCGAGCGUGUUUACGUCGUAUAAAUCGUGUUUGUAUCAGUCGAUACGAUUUCGAGCACCCCUCCGGAAGCGUGGACGACUCGGAUGGUUCGUCCUGUGAGUCCAGGGAUCGAGCUCCUAGCCGUUCGAGCUACAAUAAGUUGUGAACUAUGAAACGGUCGCUGCGACUUUCGGCGUUUAUUAGAUGAUUAAAUCUGUCGAUUCUAACGCCAUGUAAGAUAACGGGGUUUGUACGGAGAAGUGCCAAGAAGCUCAAUGGCGAUCUACAACUUCACAUCAGGCUCGUAAUCUUUGUCAGCGUCGCACUAAUGGCUGCUCAGUCAAGCGUACGCGAAGAACUGGACGUCCUGCGGAGGAAAGAAUGGGCACGGAGGAACCAGGAAACCCAGCAGGAUAAGGAGCUGUACCAGGAGAGUACGCCGCUCUUCAGGGAGCCUUACAAGACAAACAAAGGCGAUGAACUGUCCAGCCGCAUCCAGAGGAUGCUCGGUAAUUACGAGGACGGGAACAACUUCCAGUAUAACCAGUAUGAAGGGAUACCCAGGGAUCGACCCCCUUCAUCAUCGCACGGACGUCCGGGUCAUCUCACGAACAAGGACAAAAAGGAUCUCUCAUUCCAGGGUACAUCGUCAUAUGGAAGCACUAAACAAGGCCAAUCAAGCGGUCACAGCUCAUCCCAGCCUUCAAAGAACUUCCCGAUCCUGGACGUCUCCAUCCCAAUCCAGAGCAAAGAAGGUCUUGUCAAAACCCACGAAACAAAAACUGACCCCUGGUCUGUCAAGAAAGACUAUGCCACUUUACCGCCUAUUCUUCCAGACCUUUCACCACCUGCAGAACCCUUGUCCCCUUUACAUUCCAGCGAAUCAGAACAGGACAUGGAGGAAAUCGACAAUACAAAGGAGCAAUCUCUUUCCCCCCACUGCAAAGGUUCUUCUGAAAGGACUGUCCCGUCGCAUAAUUCAGAGACCCAGCAAAAGGAAGCGUCUCACCUCGGCGGAGACGCCCCGAUGCCGGCUUCCCAGACCUUUCCGCUUCCGCUUUCUUCCAAGCCCAACUUGGCCAACUCUAGGAAACCCAUGGCGCUGGUUCGACCCAUGGACGGACCCGACCAGGUCAACAGCGAGUCCCCGGACCUAAAACAGUCACCUAAUACCUAUCACGGGCAGUCUUAUGAAAACUUGUCCGAUCUGAAGACGUCUGUAAGCAAGCCGAACCUUCCGCCCCUAAAGAUCCCGUCACAGUCUGUAGAGAUGCUGUCAAAUGAGGUUCAACGUGUGGAGGAGAUUCUCAGAGAAAUGACCCACUCAUGGCCUCCUCUGCUAACGGCCAUUCAAACCCCGAGUACAGCAGAACAAUCCAAGUUCUCCUUUCCUAAUAAGGAAUCCAGUGUUCAUCGUGGAUACCAGCCUCAAAAGCACAGUGAAUCACCACCGAAAGCUCCUCCGUCACCCGUUCACCAGCAGCCAGCUGAGUGUGAAGAUGGCGGCAGGGCCGUGUCCAGUGACUCAGAGAGCAGCUCGGAGUCUGAAUCUGACAGCGAGACCAGCGACAGCGGUGCGGACGAGACGCCGACUGCUCCCAGGAGUAACACACCACCAGCGAAGGCAGAGGGGCUGAAAGACAUCAACUGGCAGUUGAUCAGUUGGAUUAAGGAGAGCCAGCCGAGCCUGAACCCUCAGAACCACACCGAUGUUUCAGCAAAACCCAAACCCAAACCUGCAACCAGCACCAAAUCACAAACGCACACUCAUGCCGAAGAGGAUCAGAAGCCCAAAAACAAGAAACACUACAACUCCCGUACUCCUCCCGCUCAGCCCGAGUUGGGCAGCGCCAAUCCCGAAUCUAAACCCGCCCCCGUGAACCAAGACGCUAUCCACAAACCUGCUCCUAACGCCGGUACGGAGGCAGGAACCCGCAAAACAGAUCAACACCCGAGCAAGAGCACCAAAGCCCAUAGCAGCCUGCACGUUGAAAGCGUGGAGGUCACGCCCCGCAACAAAGACGCCACGUUCACAGAACGGCCAAAGGUCAAGACGAAAACUAGCCAUGAGAAGAAAUCUGAGAGCAGAAAAUCAGCCAAAUGUUGCUUGUUGGAAAAAAGAGACACAAAAGAAGUGCCUGCUAAGGCUGGCACGACGGUGCAGGAGGACAAAAAGGAGGCGGAGCCUGUUCGCCUGUCCUUGCCGUCACCCAAAAACAGUGUAACCGUAACUCGUGCGCCCUCCAAGAACUCCAAAAAGAGCCGGGCUCGCUCGCCAACGACAGACAAGAAGUCCAAAUCCACGCCAUCCAAAUCGAGCAUGGAUGUUCCUCUGGCUCUGGUGGUGAAGAUCCAGCUCAGCCACUUGUCCAGAAUCCCACAGGUACCCAAAGCAACAAAGACGGUAACCGGCGCUCGUGUGGAGAAGCCUUUAAAAAAAUCGUGCCAGGAGAAAGAACCUGGUAAAGUGAGCAAGAAGAGACCUGCUGAUCACAGUGAUCUCUCUGUGCCAAAAAAGAAGCUGAAAUUGGAAAAGGACAGAGAGGGAAAAGCGUCUGCUUCGUCUCAGCACAACUCCAUCAAAACAGAAGCACCGAGGAGCAGCCGCCACCAGACGGACAGGAAGAGCAGCGAGAAGGUCCAAGCUCCCGUUCCUCUCGAGCCGGGACACAAACGCCGCUGUGGAGACAUGGAGGAGAUCAGCGGCUCCAGCAGCAAGCACAAGAAGAAGAGCUCCAGCAGAGAGGAGCGUGACAAGCGAGACAAGAAAGCACCGAAGAAAAGCUCUUCGGCUCCGGAGGCGUCGUCAUCUUCCUGCGGCGUCCCGGCCGCUCGCAGACCUCUGCUCAAGUUCGACGACAAGCCGUAUCCUGUGGAUCAUCAUAUGAAGGAAGCUAAAAAGCUGAAGCACAAAGCCGACGCCAUGGUGGAUAAAAUGGGUAAGGCCUUGAGUUACCUGGAUGCUGCCAUGUCCUUUGUAGAGAGUGGCAUCGCCAUGGAGACAGAUCCCCAGACGCCCAAAUCGGCUUACACCAUGUUUUCCGACACCGUCGAUCUUAUCAGGUUCAUCCUGAAGCUGAAGAACUACAUGGAUCCGUCGGCUCCUGCAUCAGAGCGAGACUUCUUGGUCCUGUGUAUGCGAUGUCAGGCUCUCCUCCAGAUGGCGAUGUUUCGCUGUAAAAGAGAAUCGGCCAUGAAAUAUUCUCGCACACUCACUGAUUAUUUUAAGAGCUCUAAGACCAUGCAGGCUCCUUCCCCCUGCAUCUCCAAGGGAUCGUCCCCGAUGUCCCCUAUGCCGUCUCCGGCGAGUUCGAUCGUCUCCAAUCCCGGCAGCUGCGGCAACACUGUGUCCAUUCCUCAGCUCAUCCAGCAGAUGGCGUCGUCCUACAUCAACAUCACCGCUCUCUUCCUCAGCGCUCACGAGACGUGGGAGCAGGCCGAGGAGCUGGCACGCACACGUACAGGUCUGUUAAGCGACCUGGACAAGCUCCUCGGCCGCCUGAGUUUGACCUCCAGCAUGACUGCUCUGGUGCGUUACACUCUUCAAGGCCUCCACUGGCUCAGACUGGACAACGCGAAUCCUCGCAGCGACCCGUGAGCUGUGUGUGUGUGGGUGUGUGAGAGAGAGAGAGCGGAGGAGAGAGGGAGGGAAAACUGACAUCUUUUUAAAGAAUUUUUUGUUCCACUUCUGAGACGACGGAAGUCCUUUUGCACUUCGUUACGAAAGAAAGCGAGUCGACGCGAAGGUGUUCGAGGAGCACAGACGACGCUGAUGUUUCCUCACACUGAGAAGAAGCAGAAAAUCACUGGAAUCACACACACACACACACACGCAAACACAUCGAGUGACAGUGUGUGCACAAGAGCAUUAGCGAACUUCAUCUUUAUUUUCUUUCCCAUCACCGCUCUAAAGGACAAACGGAGGGCCUGAAGGACAGGACGUCCACACUACACGCUUAAACUUUAACUUUGCACUCGUUUCCUCUCAUCAUGUGACUCGUUAAUUUACUCUACUGAGGAAAACCUAAAAAACUGUGAUUGCGCUAUUAUUUAUUUCAUCGAUAUUAUUAUCAUUAUUAUUAUUACUUAUUAUUAGUAAUAUAUUGAUACCGAAUUUUUGAAGUUUUUUUUUUUUAACCCUGAUGUUGAGGCUUCCAACUGACAUGAAAGGAAUUUUUUUCGGAAGUCAUUUCCCCACGACGGAGCUCAGAAGGACGGCAGCAGAACCGGUUUAUUUCCGCAUCCGCAGCGAAGACGUACCGGAUCCAAAUAUGAAUUAUAAACUCACCGGUUUUAGGUUUGUUUGUUUGUUUAUUUUUCCUCCAAAUUUGAAAUCGGUUAAAACGAUAUAAUUCUACCUCAAGAGGACACCAGAGGCAGAGGAACAAAUCACACACACACACACACAUGCGUGCACGCACACAGGCGAACGUACUAUCGCACCUGUAGAAGAGAAAAUACUUGUGCCUUAAUAGUGAAACACAAAAGGAUGCGUAUAGAAAAACGGAGCCCGUGACGGUUGUAGCGAUAAUAAUCUGAGUUUUUUUUUGUUUUUUUUUAACGGAUGCGGUUUCAGUCUUCGUGAAGCGUAAUCAUGCACUUUUCAGGGAGGAAACAGAAAAACUGGAAAAAUCCGCCGUGUCCUGUUCUGAUUUUGUAGCCGGAUCGAGAUAAAGAGUAAAGGUGCCAAUACUUACUAGCUGUAGCAUUUCAUCAUUUUUGAACCGUUGCUAUGGCAACAAAGGAGAGAACUGAAACUCGUUCAGCAGAUACACCGAAGGGGAAAGUGAUGAUGAUGACGAUGAUGAUGAUGAUGAUGAUGAUGAUGAUUAUUAUUAUUAAAGUUAUCACUCUUUGCACUCUCA